AUGUCGUUCCUGCUCGAGACUGCUCCCUCGAGGGCGGCGGCAGCGCUAUUGGUUUCACGGGGAACCGCUGGUUUAGUCACAACACGCGUAUACGGUUCUCGGAUAGUACUCCGACAAAGGGGAAGGCAAUUUCAUGCUGGACCCGUAGGAAGAGAGAAGCAACAGAGUCCGGUUGAACAAUUUAUAGAUCAAAUAAACACCAAGUCGACGACCCAAAAGACCAAAUCCAAGAUUUACAAGAGCGCGGAUGAUGCGAUUGCUGAUAUUAAGGACGGCGUUACCAUCCUGAGCUCGGGAUUUGGACUCUGCGGAGUUGCAGAAACUCUGAUUGAUGCGAUUCGAAAGAAAGGAAUUCGAGACCUUACCAUCGUCUCCAAUAAUGCGGGUGCUGGAGAACAUGGCCUAACUAAGUUAACCACUAGUGGUCAAAUAUCACGCAUGAUUGUUUCAUUCAUUGGCAACAACAAGCCUCUUGGAAAGCAGUAUCAUGAUGGCAAGGUUGCGAUUGAACUCUGCCCUCAAGGUACGAUUGCAGAGCGGCUCCGAGCUGCAGGGGCGGGCAUUCCAGCAUUCUUUACGGGGACCGGUGCGAGCACAUUGAUACAAACUGGUGGUAUUCCCCAUCGACUAGGAGCCAAGGACCCACAGACUGGGAAACAUGAGGUCCUGGAGCCUGGCCGCCCACGUGAGACUCGCAUCUUUGAUGGGAGGCCACAUCUCAUGGAAACAGCACUAAAGGGCGACGUUGCCAUUGUUCGCGCUUGGAAGGCAGACGAGGCUGGAAACUGUGUCUUCCGAACCGCCACCAAGGCAUAUGGUGUCUUGAUGCCGAAGGCUGCUAAGCUCGCAAUUGUCGAGGCCGAAAAUAUCGUUCCGAUUGGCUCUCUUGAUCCAGAUCAUGUUCACUUACCAAGUAUUUAUGUUGAUCGCAUUUGCCCCGCCACAUCGGACAAGCAAUUUGAAAAGCUGGUGCUGGCACCAACUCAGGACGCAACAGCCGAGACAGGGGAGGAAGCAGUCAAGCGAAACAGGAUCGCGAAGCGUGCGGCGAAAGAGUUACACGAGGGCUACUAUGCCAACUUGGGGGUGGGCAUUCCAACCCUGGCACCCUCCUUCCUUCCCGCCGGGGCAAAUAUCUGGCUGCAGUCUGAGAACGGAAUAAUCGGCAUGGGCCCUUACCCGGCGACAAAGGCUGAUGCAGAUCCGGAUACCGUCAACGCUGGCAAAGAGACAAUCACUCUCGUUCCCGGGGCGUCGACCUUCGAUAGUGCCGAGAGCUUUGGCAUGAUCAGGGGAGGUCAUGUGGACGUAUCCCUACUGGGAGCUCUGCAGGUUUCUGCUUCUGGUGAUCUCGCAAAUUACAUCAUCCCUGGCAAGGCUUUCAACGGCAUGGGCGGUGCAAUGGAUCUUGUCAGCAACCCUGAUAAAACCAAAAUCAUCGUGUGCACAUAUCACACAGAUAAAGAGGGUCGGAGUAAGAUCCUUGAUGAAUGCGAGUUGCCUCUUACGGGCAAGGGUGUGGUCAGCACAAUCAUUACCGAACUGGCUGUAUUCCAGGUGGAUCGAGUUGGCGGAGGCGGACUGACCUUGACAGAGGUCGCAGAUGGCUUGACAGUGGACGAUGUCAGAGCAAAGACGAGGGCCAAGUUCGCAGUCGCAGAUGAUCUUGGAACAUUUUAG